CAACUCGACCGCUUUUUUCGGCUACUGUAGCUCGAGCGUCCAGGGAAGCAAAAAGCCUGGCUUCCAUUCGCGUUAACCCCCUCCCCUCCCCUUCCCUUCCCGUCCGCUCGAGAGAAAGAUAGGAGCCCUAGCCACCCACCAUCCCGACGGACGCGAGCCUCUUGGCUUGCACACGACGGCUCCGGCAUCGUCGCCGGCGUCGUCUCCUCCGCCUUCCUUCUCUCGAGGUGCCUCGAAGCGUCCGAUCUAGAAUCAGUAAAAUACUAUAGAGUAAGCUGCAGCGGGAAAGAAGUAGGUGAAUGUUGCCGUCGGUGGAUGACCUAUCAGCAUACUUGGUCAAGUUUGGAGUUCUAUGAAAAUCUAUAUUUCGCCACUUUACAUCCAGAAUGCCAGGCUUACCUUUGGCGGUUCGUGAAACCACAAACGUUGGUUGCAGUUGCAGCCAUUCUAGGACUGCCGAUCAGAUGUGCCGGCAGCAGUCUAGGGUUCAUUUGUCCACUGAAGAACAACUUGCAGCUGAAGAAAGCCUUUCUGUUUAUUGCAAACCUGUUGAGCUUUACAAUAUUCUUCAGCGACGGGCUAUACGAAAUCCGUCAUUUCUUCAGAGAUGCUUGCAAUACAAGAUAGAGGCAAAGCACAAACGGAGGAUUCAAAUAACUGUAUCACUUUCUGGGAGCAUGAAUGUUGAGGUACAAAAACAAGAGGUGUUACCUCUGCAUGUGUUAUUGGGAAGACCUGUUGCUGAUGUUACAGAGCAUUUUGCGGUAUAUCAACUCAGUCGAGCUUGUGCGAUAACCACCUUCAAUCAGUAUGGGAAGAAAGAUCAAACAGAAGCCAAUUUCAUUAUUCCUGAGAUUAAGAAGCUAGCAUCCGAUGCUCGAGUUCGAAAUCUCAACAUUAUCCUCAUCAGCAAUGGGGAACCAAAAGGUGCUUCUGGGGAAAAUCAUCUAUCACUGGACCAUGAGGAACUCACUUCUUUUCCAACAGAUAUAGAAGGUAACUGUCUAUGGGGAAAGAUACCAAUUGAUUCACUUUGUUCAUCAUUGGAAAGGUGUGUGACAUUGAGUUUAGGACAUAAAGCGGAGAUGCUUUCGACUGUUAAUAUGCACCCAUGCAGUUUGGAGCCUAAAUUUUUGAACCAGAACAACUGCAUGACCUUUUCUUCUCAUAAUGUGGAUCCUAUGAAUUCAUAUCAAGUGCAAGUGAGUAUAUGCGCACAAGAGAUUGGAGCAAGAGAGAGGUCUCCUUAUGAUUCUUACUCAUACAAUGAUGUUCCAACAUCAUCAUUACCUCAUAUUAUCCGAUUGAGAACUGGAAAUGUCCUCUUUAACUAUAGAUACUACAACAACACACUGCAAAAAACUGAAGUCACUGAAGACUUCUCCUGUCCAUUUUGCUUGGUGCGAUGCGCAAGCUUUAAGGGUUUAAGAUGUCACUUGACUUCCUCACAUGACCUAUUCAAUUUUGAGUUCUGGGUAACUGAGGAGUACCAAGCUGUGAAUGUUUCUGUGAGGACUGACAUAUGGAGAUCUGAGGUUGUACACGAUGGAGUUGAUCCAAGGUUGCAAACCUUUUUUUACUGCUCAAAGUUUAAGAGGCAUAUAAGAUCAAAAAAUCUUGUUCAGAAUGCAAGUCAUGUGCAUCCACAUGUUUUGGAGUCACAAUCACCAGAAGCAGCCCAAGAAGGUUCUCAUGAAGAUUAUCUGCAGAAGGAAAAUGGCACAUGUUCCUCUUACAGACCCAUUGCCUAUCCAACAGAUGCUGCACUUCUGAAUGACAAUGGCUCUUAUAAAGAAGAAAAGCUCCAAAAGGCAUCGUUCAGUGAAACCCAUUUGAUGUCUGCAAGGCAUAAAUCUGAAAGCUUUGGUUCAGAGAAUCAUUAUGCGGCAGAGUGUAUAGAACCUGACUCAUCUAGCCCUGAUACCAUAGGUGUUUGUGCUGCUACAGCUCAAGCUUCUAUCAGUAACGAUUUUGCUCAGCUUGGAUCUGGAAGCAAUCUUGUACCUCCAACUGUGUUGCAAUUUGCGAAGACCCGGAAACUAUCUGUUGAACGAACUGAUCCCAGAAACCGGGCACUGCUACAAAAGCGCCAGUUCUUCCACUCUCACAGAGCUCAGCCAAUGGCAUCGGAGCAAGUAUCUUCAGAUAGGGACAGUGAAGAUGAAGUUGAUGAUGCCAUUGCUGAUUUCGAAGAUAGAAGGAUGCUUGAUGAUUUUGUGGAUGUGACAAAGGACGAAAAGCAAAUUAUGCAUAUGUGGAAUUCAUUUGUGAGGAAACAAAGGGUUCUGGCGGAUGGGCACAUUCCUUGGGCAUGUCAAGCAUUCUCGCAGCUUCAUGCACAAGUACUUGUGCGCUCUCCUGCUUUGCUAUGGUGCUGGAAGCUAUUUAUGAUUAAACUUUGGAAUCAUAGUCUCCUAGAUGCGCAAGCCAUGAACAAUUGUAAUAUAAUUCUUGAAAGAUUUCAGAAUGGGAGCUCGGAUCCCAAGCAAAGCUGAGAUCUUUAUGAUUCACUCAUUAGAUUGGUCAUUCCUGCAACUGAAGCCACCUGAUUUGCUAAUCCCAUUCCCGUUCCAAUUUUGGGGGAGCUUUUUUAUGUUUUUUUCUAAAUAUAAAUUUAAGCAGUGGGUUAUCAUUGUUUUAUAGGGGGAGGGUUUCAUUGUUUUCAUUUAUAGAGGGUAUUAAGAAAAGGAUGGCGAGGAAGCCGACUUUGCAGCGGAUGUACUGCAGUGUCAAUGUCAUUUUACAUGAAAUAUUGAUAUUUUUUAGAACUUAAAAGUGAGAUAGUCAUUCAUUUUUUAA